GUUAGUAUAGUUUGCUGUGCUUCGUGCAUCACAUCACACGCAAGUAGACCCCAACUCAAGUCAUUCCGGUAUCAUCGUCAUCGUCAGUUGUUUGCCUCUGCAGUAGCUUAGAGCGUUUUGAGUAUUCAAAACGUCCAAAAUAAUCACAUUCUCUCUGAUACUGAUUCAGUAUUCAGACUUCAGAGUCUCAGUGUUAGAUAUUAUAUUCUUGUUUUUGGUUUUAGUUUUAGUGCGCCUCUCUCCCUCCGUGUUAAGUGUUAGAAAUUCUCCAAUAAAAUUUUUUAUUGAUGUUUAAUUUUAAUUAUUUAUAAACCUAAACUAGAAUCUGCAAGUUCAUUUAAUUGUUCAUAGAUUCGUGGAAAGCAGAAUUGUACAUACUCGUAGUUUUUAUUUUUUGCAAACAUUUGUGAUUGUGAAUAUUAAUUUGUUUAGCGACCUCAAGAUUUUGUUUCUAAUUAAAAGUGUAACAAAUCCAUGAAAUUAUAAUUCGAUUAUCUAUCGUCCGUGUUUCUGAAUUGAAUAAUAAUAAAUUCUGAGUGAUUUCGUAAUCUGAUAAAAAACCCAGAGUUGGAAAUACAUAAAAUGUGGUGGAAGCAGGGUUUGGUGCUUUUGGCAUGCAUUACAACAGUUGUAAUUGCUCAGGGAUCAGCAACAUGGCAAUCAAGGCCGUUGCCGGCGGCGUUGGCUUCAUCGACAGGUGUAGGCCAAUCUCAAGCACCUUUGGAUUUUUUAAAAACCAUAUCAAAAGGAGCUGAAGACUUUUCAUUGGAAUUAUUUUCAACCGUAUGCCAAGAAGUUGCAGGCAUCAAGAAAAAUCUUAUGAUUUCACCAUUUACAGUAUGGGCAUUAUUAUUGCUUGUUACCGAAGGCUCAAGUGGAGAAACCUUAAAUGAACUCCAACGAACACUGCGACUUACCAAUGAUAAUCUAGCCCUUCGUCAAGGUUAUCGAGCUAUUGAAAAAACACUGAGAGUGAACACAUCAACUAUUGAAGUUUCAACAAUGCAGACCAUUUUCUAUGAUUUAAAUCGUCCACUGAAAAGAGAUUUCGAGGAAGUGAUUGAACAACAAUAUCAAGCGAAUUUGAAACCAAUCAACUUCUUUGAUCAAGCAAAAGCACAGGAGGAAAUCACUAAAUAUAUUGAGCAGGCUACAAGAGGUCUGAUUAAGCCAUCAUUUAGUUCUAAGGAUCUGGAAGAUGGGCAAAUGGUUAUGAUUUCAUCGAUUUUCUUUAAAGGACAAUGGAAGCUUCCAUUUAAUACAUCUUUUACUAAAGAGGAACCAUUCUAUGAUGAUGAUGGUAAUGUUGUUUCACAAGUUCAAAUGAUGACCCAAACAGCACCUUUCAACUAUGCACCAAUCGUCGAAAUGCAAUCCCAUAUCUUGGAGCUUCCCUAUGGCAAGGAAGAUCGUCUCUCUAUGCUGAUUAUUGUUCCCAAAAAGGGUGUCCGACUUAAUGAUGCUAUUCAAAAGCUUCGAAAUGUUGGCUUGGAAAGAAUUUUCAAUGAACUCAGAGACAAAGAAAUUAUAAAUACUAAAUACGACGCUGAUGAAGUUGAAGUAUUUUUACCCAAGUUUACAACAACAACAAGCAUCAAUUUAAAUUCAGUUCUAGAAAAGAUGGGAAUACAAGACGUCUUCCAACCAAACUAUGCUAAUUUAACAAAAAUCUCAGACCAGCCACUUUAUCUAUCAAGGGUAAUCCAUCAAACUAAGAUUGAAGUUAGUGAAGAGGGUACAGUUGCUGCUGCGAUUACAGUGGGAAUUUUCGCUAACAAAGCGUCACCACCGAGAUUCUAUUUAAAUAGACCAUUUGCGUACUUAAUUGUGGAGAAGACUACAAGGUCCUUACUGUUUUGUGGACAAGUAACAAAACCAGUUUUUAUAAAAUAAAAGAAUAUUAUUAACAAAAUUAAAUUAAAAGUUUUAAAUAAAAUUAAUUAAUUAAGAUUAAAAUAA